AUGGCGUGGACGGAAGAAGAGGACGAGCAACUGAGAAAGUUAGUCGCGGAAUUCGGGCCGAAAAAAUGGGUCUUUGUUGCGAGUAAGAUGGAAAACAAAGGUGGGAAACAGUGUCGAAGACGAUGGCAGAAUUAUUUGAAUUGCGAUAAUAAUAAACAAGGAGGGUGGUCGCCAGAGGAAGACGAGGUGUUGAUGAGAGAACACAAGAUAGUUGGGAACAAGUGGACAGAAAUCGCCAAAGCAGUCGGUGGUCGAACAGACAACGCGGUGAAGAAUCGAUACGCGGCUUUGAUGACAAAACAAAGCGGAGGAACAGCUUCAGGUGGAGUUAAAAAGAAGAAACCCCCAACAACGACGAUGCCGACGACUUCGCCGGAAAAGGCGGAGAAUAAGGAUAACAAAACGAACAAGGCGGAGAUUAAGGAUAACAAAACGAACACAGUAGCGAAGAAAAUGAUGAAGAAUAAAGACGAGAAGAAAGCGCCGGCGAGCGUAGCAAAGAAACCGACCGGUGCGACGUUGGCGAAAGCGGCGGCGGCGCACAUGAAGGGAGGUCCAAGCGGCGUGGGCUUGAAGAAGUUAGAUAUUAAAGGAGGAAGAGGCGGACCGCCUGGGUCGACGUUAUCGCCAUUUAAAGGCUCGGACAAGUGGUUCAAACCGUCUUUAUCGUCGUUAAAGGUUCCUUCGAGUAGUAGAUUCAACGGAAACGGAACGACGCCGGGGAUAUUAGAUUUCUCGCCGUUAGUCAACACCCCCAACUUUAACUUGCUCACCGGAGCGGAGUUGGAGUUGUUGAAAGAACUCAACGCUUCGUUCUCACCAACGGCGUCUGAAGCCGCGUUUGGGUUUAAUACACUAACUUCAGACAAGCAUAUAGGCUCUGGUUUACCAAACAUGGCUCCAGAGAGUCCGGUGUUGGAUAUGCACCAAGUUUUAAAGUGGAUCAUAGCGGUGACGCCGAGAGGCGACGAAGCCGGCACGAAAGCGACGCCGUUUGCCGGUGUUCAACCGCCGCCGUUGAGUUCGAAGCAAGCGGAGUUUUUAAAAUCUAGUCUGGAAGAGCGAUUGAAAACUGUUCACGAUGCACCGACGGGCGAUUUACCUCCCAACAUCCCGGCGUUUUCGAAAGAUGAGUUGAACACGCUCUUAUCCGCUCUGGGCGAAACUCCUCGGACGACUGGGCGCAAUUCCGCAAUGUUGAGUCGGCUGCAAAACCCGUUUGGAAGAGCGACUUGA